AUUUCGUGUAUUAUUCUUGAUGAAGCCAAAUCGUAUGCUUUCCCUAUUGGAUUUGCGUGUCCCUAAAACAAAAGAAAUUCUAAAAAAAAACAGUUAUUAAAUUCUGAGUGAGCAAUUCCAGACGACAAAAUAUUGGAUCGAAUAAAAAAUGAGCGCCGAAAUUCCAUUUGGGACCAAAUGUUGUGUUAAAACAUGUGAAAAUAUCCUGAGUCCAACUAGCUUGGUUGAAUUCCAUCGAUUUCCAACUGAUUUAAAAGCUCGAAAGGCGUGGUGUGAUGCAAUAAACAUGGAUGUAAAGGGGAUUAAAAAGAAACAUGCCAUUUGCGACGCUCAUUUCCCCGCAUACAUGUUCACAGUGAAUGUCAGCAAAGAACUCAAUGACUGGGCCGUACCGAAACUGGACCUGAACGAUGGUUGUGAAACUGAAAUUGAAUACGUUGUGCCGGACGAUGAGACAACAACAGAAGUGUUUCUUGAAAUUCAAUGCGUCAAACAGAUCGAAUACUCAUGCGAUAUUUGCGACAAAAAGUUCACAUCUCGAGAUGAUCGUAACACACACAUUGGUGACCAUUUCAAAACGUACACCUGCUCUACGUGUGGCGAAAUAUUGGUCGGCGAUCGUCAGUUCGAGCAUCAUCGUUUGAGCAACAAGUGUGUUGCUAAAACGAAACUUGACAAUAUCACAUAUGAAUGCUUUGUGUGUCACAAGACCACAUUUUUCUCCGUACGCUCACUCAAACUGCACGUCAAUCGAUUCCACGAGGAGAAGAAGAAAGGCAACGUUGCAAAUAUUUGCGAAUACUGUCACAAGUCAUUUUCCAAUGUUUACAUCAUGAAAUCGCACAUCAAUCAAAUCCACUUGGAGAAGCAGCGGUUUGAGUGCAAGGAUUGUGGCAAAGUGUUCAAUCGUCCGUCAAAUCUGCAAUGGCAUCAACUGAUUCAUCAGAAUCAACUACCGUGCACAUGCAAAGUCUGCGGCAAAUCAUUCCGCACCCUUUCUGGACUGAAUCUCCACAAGCGCACACACACUGGUGAGAAGCCAUAUAAAUGCGAUAUUUGCAAUGAGAAAUCGUACGCGUACAACACAGAUCUGAAACGCCACAAACGAUCAGCACACGGAAUCAUCGAUAAAGUAUUCAAUUGUACAAAGUGUUCAAAGGUUUUCUAUGAACCGAAAUUUCUACGAAAACAUAUGCAAAAGGUUCAUGACUGAAUUUUUUGUCUUUCCUGAUAUGACUGCCACUGGCUGAAAAAUAGUUUAAUGAAUAAAUCCGACUCAUGAACGUUCCUAUGGAAA